CCCAACCUCUCCCUUGGUGGCGAGUGCCACAGCUACACAUAUAAGCAUACCAGGGGCUGUCGCGGGUGCGAACCCUUCCCGGUUCAUUUGAAUUUCGUCUCUGCAUCCCGAUCGCCAUGGGAGAGGUGUAAUCGACUCAUCUUCGCAAUAUGGACGAGCUUUCGCUGGCGUUGCCGCUUUCUUCUCUUUCCCGGGUAUCAGUAGGGGUUGGGAUUGUGUUGCUUGCGGUGAGUUGGAGCCGUUGUCGCUCUUGUGGGCGAGACUGAUGAACCAGAUUCUGGGAUAUGGCAUCUACCAGAUUUAUUUCCACCCGCUGGCCAAAUACCCCGGGCCAUGGUUGGGGAAGUUCACAGAGGCCGGGGCGGCGUAUCAUGCCGUGAAGGGAGACUUGCAUCUGCACAUCUGGUGGUGUCAUCAGAAAUACGGUCCGGUAAUUCGGUACACGCCAAAUCUGGUCAUUUUCAACACGGAGAGUGGGAUGAAAGAUAUCUACGUGCGUGGAAAGGAUCUCCGCAAAGACGUCCACUACGGCGUCAUCCAACUCGGAACGAAAAACCUCCUCACGGUCACGAGUCCCAAGGAGCACGCAAAACGGAGCAAGAUCAUCGGUCCUGGGUUCUCUAGCACCGCGAUGCGCGAAUUCGAACCGAAGCUGCUGGCGCAUGUGCGCAAAUUCCGCGACGCGCUGUAUCCAGCCAAGGCUGAUGGUGCGUGGGGUCCGCCCAUGAUGAUGUCGGAAUGGUGCGGAUAUUUCGCGUUCGAUGUCAUCACGGAUCUGGUGUUUGGGAAGGCGUGUGAUCUGCUGGGGAGCCAGGAGCACCAGUGCACAGUGUAUGACAUCUCGGGGAUGAUGAAGCGGUUGUCGCUGCUGAUGUACGCGCCGUAUUUGUUUCUGGGCCGACUCGAUAAGAAGCUUUUCAAGGAAGAGGUGCGCGGGAUGAAGCGAUACCAUCGGCUGGUGAACAAUAUGAUGACGGAUGCAGCCAGCAUGUCCGGACAUGUCCUGAGUCGGUUGACCAGCGCACGCGACAGCGUAACCGGCCAGGGACUGAGCGACGUGGACGUGUAUUCCGAGGCUGCCAUGUUAGCUGUUGCAGGUUCCGACUCCACCUCCGUGAGCCUCUGCGCCAGCCUCUUCUACCUCGCGACCUGCCCACACGCAUACACGCAACUCGCACACGAAAUCCGCAACACCUUCCCCAGCCCCGACGCCAUCCGCACCGGCCCGCUCCUGCAACAAUGCAGCUACUUGCAGGCCUGCAUCAAAGAAACGCUGCGCAUCUCCCCGGCCGUCGCCGGAUGUCCCUACCGCCGGGUCGAAAAAGGCGACACGCUGAUCGUCGACGGCAACGUGAUCCCCGCCGGCUGCAGCGUCGGCACAGGCAUCUACAGCAUCCACCACAACCCGACGUACUUCCCCCGUCCGGACGCGUUCCUCCCCGAGCGGUGGCUCUCAGACGAUCUGGAGAGCAGCUCGGCCGCCUACACCCCGUUCUCGCAGGGUUCGAGAGCGUGCAUCGGGCGACACCUGGCGCAGAUGGAGCUGCAGCUGGCGCUGGCGCACCUCGUGUGGAGCUACGACUUCCGGCGCCCAGACACGACGGCAGGCGAAAUGGGGGCUGGACACCGCGGCGCCAGCGGCGUGGGCAGGACGAAUCCAAACGAGUUCCAACUUUACGAUCAUAUCAUUAGCCAGAAGAGAGGGCCGGUCCUUCAAUUUCGGCCCCGGGUGGAUACCAGUUAGAUCUUUAUACUGGGCUGUGCAAGACGCAAGACGCAGGACGCAAGGAGAAAGAUGUGGGUGAUUGUUGUGUUGUGUUGUGUUGUGAUGAUGACGAUGAUGGAUGCCUUCGGCUAUUUCCGCACGGAUACAUGGAACGGAAUAAUCAAUAGCUCCAUGUGGUAGAUACAUGACCUUUUGAAUAAUGUUUCGAUUUGCUCGAAUUCGUAUCAGUCGUAGUUAUUUUUCCGCCGAUAUCAAGGCGACAUGACAUGUGUGCUUCGAUUCCAGCGAGAAUCGGCGGUCCACUUUUGCCAGAGUACGUAGAUAGCCGUAGCCGGGGGGGCCGGGGGCCGUAGCGUAGCGGUA